UGGAGGGCAGCGCUGACAUCACCGCAGGGUGCGGGCUGGGGGAGCGGCGUGUGCGGGACGGGCGGGACUGCGCUGCUCCCUUCGGCCCUUUUCAGCUCAUUUCGGCUCAUUCCGGACCAUUUCAGGCCAUUUCAGCCCGUUUGAGCCCACCUGGGAGCGGACAGGGAGUUUCCCCCGGGGUCACAGGCAGCGCUUCUCUGUACAGCGCUUCGGGAGCGGAGCGGAGCGGCGAGGAACACAGACCACGGACAGAAAGUUGCAAACCAGAUCUUUUCUGCCCAUUUCAGCCAAUUUGAGCCCAUUUGAGCCCAUUUCGGCUCAUUGGAAGCCAUCAGGGAGCUUUGCCCGGGGUCACGGGCAGCGCCUCCCGAGCGGAGCCGCGGGGAGCGCAGACCGCGGACAGAAAGUCCAAACCAGAUCUUUUCUCUUGUGGCACACGCUGGAAUAGAAGUGUUUGGGCUUCUUGCCACGGGACAGCACAACUCUGGAGUUUGCUGCUUGUUUCUGUGAAUUUUCCUCCGGCCACGGGAGUUUAUUCGGAGUUAAAUGAAGAUACCGAAGGGUGAAGCGAGAAAACAACGCUUGGAGGGUCUGGAAGGAUAUUUUGCCAGCACUGAAGGAAUGGACCUUUUGAACGUGCCUGGAAAAUGUGCUUUUUGAUACCAAAAGUCGCAAAGGAAAACUUAUGAUUGGAAUCUUACAGGAGUUUGAGCUCAGCUGUACUUUUAGCCUUCCGUAGACCAUGGAGAGUUUGUUAUCGCUGCUCUGUUGCCAUUAUUCUUUGCUGAUUUUAUUUCAGCAGAAAUAUCAGGUGUACGGGAACCACUCCCAGCUCCCCAAACACCCAGGGUUCAAAGUCCUGGCAUCAGCCUCCCACUACUGGCCGCUGGAAGAUGUGGAUGGAAUCCACGAGUUCCGGGACACCAACGGAGCUCUAAGAAUCCACAACUUCACUGUGCUUCCUCCCCAUAACUCUACCUUUGUAAAUACCAAUGACUCUGCCUACUCUAACUUCUCUGCAACUGUAGAUAUUGUAGAAGGGAUGGUGAACAAAGGGAUUUACGUGACUGAAAAGAAAGGAGUCACCUUUCUCUUCUUUGGGAGCUACAGAAAUUCCUGCAUCAGUAAUCCAGAGGCUUGUGGGCCCGAAGGGGUAACAUUUUCCUUCUUCUGGAAGACCCAGGACCAGCAGGCCAAGCUUCUCCCUGCCUCUGGUGGCCGGGUGAUCUCCAGUGGUUUCAAAAUCUGCUCCAACGAAGGCGAGGGCUCCGUGGAGUUCUACACCCGGGGCAAUGCCAUGAUGAAGUGGAAAGCAAGCUUCAGCCCACCAGGUCCCUACUGGACACACGUGCUGUUCACCUGGCGGUCGAGGGAAGGCCUGAAGGUGUACGUGAACGGCACGCUGAGCACCACGGACCCCGAGGGGAAGGUGUUCUAUGACUAUGGGGACGCCAGCCCUGACCUGCUGGGCACGGAGGGAGCGGCCCCGCGCUCCGUCAGCGGCGCCUUCGACGAGUUUGUGAUCUGGGAGAGGGCGCUGAGCCCGCGCGAGGUGCGCCAGUACUUCACUGCCGCCGUGGGUGUGCAAGUCCUGCUCUCUUCAACCCUCCCCUGGUCUGUGAUGACAACCACGACGAGCCCUGUGCUCCCCACGGACGCCUACCAGCCCAUCCUGGCGGCGCUGAGCCAGCGCAGAGGCAGCUCCCCCUCGGCCCUGUCCCUGCUGGGCCACCUGCAGAACGUGUCCUCCAGCCUGCCCAGCCAAGCCCUGGCCCAGCACACGGCCCUGAGCCUGGCCCAGGCAUUUUUGAAAGCUAUUGAAGACUUCCUGUUGCUGUCUGACUGGAUUGAUGGACCAGAGCUGACAGCAGCCCUGCUGGCGGCCGCUGCUCAGCAGCCUGAUCCACACCAUCGACACGAUUAUGCUGUGGUCAAAAUGCACCCUCAGAGCCUGAAUGUGUCCCACUAUCGAUUCCCAUCCCGCGGGCAGAGCUACAUCUCCAUCCCCAGUGAAGCUUUCCAUGGAAAAGGCUGCAUCACCAUCGUGGGCCUGCUGUACCACAACAUGCAUCACUUCUUUAACAACAUCAACCCCGAGGACACCAGGAUUGCUGGAGCUGCUGCCUACCGGGGCUCCCUGAUCUCAGCCAGCAGUUUCCUCAUCUCCAUCAAGGUGGAGCCUCUGCCCCAGCUGUCCUACAACCUGUCAGGCUCUCCCCUCAUCACCAUCCAGCUCAGCCACACCCUGACGCCCAGACAAUACAGCCAAGCACUAAAUAAAAGCAACAGAGUUCAUCUUUACUGUGCAUUUCUGGAUUAUAGCAAUGGAACUGGUGUCUGGUCCAGCGAGGGCUGCGUGAGGCAGAGUGGGGACCUCAACUACUCCGUGUGCCUCUGCAACCACCUCACCAACUUCGCCAUCCUGAUGCAAGUGGUGCCCCUGAAGCUGACGAGAGAACACCAGGUGGCCCUCUCCUCCAUCACUUACGUCGGCUGUGCUCUGUCCAUCUUCUGCCUGACGAUCACCCUGGUCACGUUCGCCGUGCUGUCGUCUGUCAGCACCAUCCGCAACCAGCGCUACCACAUCCACGCCAACCUGUCGAGCGCCGUGCUGCUGGCCCAGGCCCUGCUGCUGGCCAGCUUCCAGCUCAGCCCCGCAACCCUGCCUUGCAAGAUAUUGGCCAUUCUCCUUCAUUUUUUCUUCCUGAGUGCGUUUGCAUGGAUGCUGGUGGAAGGAUUUCAUCUUUACAGCAUGGUGAUCAAAGUAUUUGGGUCAGAAGAAAGCAAGCACUUGUAUUAUUAUGGAAUUGGAUGGGGCUGCCCGCUGGUGAUCUGUGUCAUUUCUGCCUCCUCGUCCCUGGACAGCUACGGAGAAAGUGGCAACUGCUGGCUCUCCCUGGAGGACGGAGCAAUCUGGGCUUUUGUGGCACCAGCCAUGUUUGUCAUUCUGGUCAACAUCGGCAUUCUCAUUGCUGUCACAAGAGUCAUCUCCAGGAUCAGUGCAGACAACUACAAGGUCCAUGGAGAUGCUAAUGCCUUCAAACUAACAGCUAAAGCCGUGGCUGUUCUCUUACCCAUCCUGGGGAGCUCGUGGAUCUUUGGCAUUUUGGCUGUCAAUGCCCACGCUUUAGUAUUUCAGUACAUAUUUGCUGUUUUUAAUUCACUACAGGGAUUUUUCAUGUUCCUGUUUCACUGUCUUCUGAACUCAGAGGUUAGAGCUGCCUUUAAGCACAAAACCAAGGUCUGGUCCCUCACCAGUAGUUCAACACGCAACAUCAAUGUGAAGCCCUUCAAUUCAGACAUUAUGACUGGGAACAGGCCAGGCACAACCCCCACCAAGCUGAACACCUGGGAUAAAAGCAGCAAUUCAGCAAACCGCAUUGAUUUAUCAGCAGUGUGACAGGAGCAGCAGCUCCUCAGAGAAAACCAAGCCAUACAUUCAGGACCUGCACACCGUGUCCACCAGCUGUUCCUCACUGCCAGUGACAGCAGAAAACUGGGGUUUUAAAUCACUGCCUAAUGAAUUGGGAAUUGCCACGUUGUUUUGUUGAGUAAAUAGCCCUCGUUGCUUGCCUUCAAAACUGUAACACGUUCUAGCACUUGGUUAUUAGCAAUAUCUGUAAAAAUGACCAGCACAAAUAUACACUGGAUGGUUUUGUCAGCAAUGAUGAAAACACUAGGUACGCAAGAAGGGCUUAUUGCUCCCUGAAUCAUUCCAGCUCCCAGAACUGAGGGAAAGCAACAUACCUCUGAAAAGAUGCGGUUUUAUGCUCUAAAAUCAAAUGCUUCCCAUUGUGAUGUUGUAAUGAGACUAUUCCAGACUUGCUGUGCUCCCUCUGUUUACAUUUUUUACCUUGCAGAAUUAUCAAAGUGAAGUUGAUUC